GGCACGGAGCAUGUCAACGUCGCCGUAAAACUAAAUAUCAAACGUGGAGAAAGUAUUCCUCUCCUAGGACAGAAGUAGUGCUGAUAGUCCGAAAACAGCCCCUCGGAUCUGAUUGUCCGGGUACCUUCGUACCUAGUCUUUGAACAAUCAAUCACAUACACUCACAGGUCCACAUCAACCCGACACCCAUCAACACUUAUUGACCCACGAGCUCUAUUCCACCAUCGCGGAAAUUCCAAUAAGCUCAGGUGGUGUAUCCAUCUAUACCUUGUAGUGCCUGCCAACUUGAGUAUAAUACCGGCGGCGUGAAACAAGGAUGAAAGUGUAACAGCCUCGUCACACAAGGCUACAACUAUGGCUACAGUACGGAUAUGUGUCUGCGGGGACGAUGGGACUGGAAAAUCGAGUCUCAUCACAUCUCUAGUCAAAGAUGUAUUUGUUACGAACAAAAUCCAAUCAGUUCUUCCUCAGAUCACCAUUCCUCCAAGCAUUGGAACUCCCGAAAAUGUUACCACAACGAUUGUUGAUACCUCUGCAGAACCCCAAGAACGCAAUACGUUACGGAAGGAAAUAAGGAAAUCAAAUGUUAUUCUCUUGGUAUACUCGGAUCAUUACAGCUAUGAGAGAGUGGCUCUGUUUUGGAUGCCGUACUUUCGCUCGUUGGGUGUGAACGUGCCGGUAGUACUAUGCGCCAAUAAAUCGGACUUGACUACAAAUGGAAAUACAGCACAAGUGGUAGAGGAUGAGAUGCUACCAGUCAUGGCAGAGUUCAAGGAAAUAGAUUCAUGCAUACGGACGAGUGCUAGGGAACAUCACAAUGUCAACGAAGUGUUCUUCCUAUGUCAAAAAGCUGUUACACACCCAAUUGCACCACUUUUUGACUCCAAGGAAGGCAUUUUGAAACCUGCAUGCGUUGCGGCUCUAAAUAGGAUAUUUUAUUUGAACGACAAAGAUCAGGAUGGGUAUUUAAAUGACCAAGAAAUGCAAGACUUUCAGGUCAAGUCCUUUGAGAAGCCAUUGGCUCCAACCGAUCUCGAAAAUAUAAAGAUCUCAAUCAGUAGAGCUUCUCCAAAUUCUAAUAUGGAGAGGGGGAUUGAUCAAAAGGGGUUCAUUCAUCUCAACAAGAUAUUUGCGGAGAAGGGCAGGCAUGAGACUAUAUGGAUUAUUUUACGAAAAUAUCACUAUACGGAUAGUCUGAGUUUGAAAGAUAGUUUCCUUCAUCCUAAAUUAGAUAUUCCAGAAUUUGCUUCUGCGGAACUCAGUCCAGCUGGUUAUCGAUUCUUCGUCGAUCUCUUCCUGCUAUUUGAUAAAGAUAACGAUGGUGGUUUAAACGAUAACGAGUUGAAUGCCUUAUUCGCACCUACUCCUGGCCUACCAUCACACUGGCUCGAAUCAAACUUUCCGGCUUCGACAGUCCGCAAUGAAGCUGGCCACAUAACUCUUCAAGGUUGGCUCGCACAAUGGUCUAUGACCACAUUUGUCAGCCCGGCCACUACUCUCUCAUACAUAGCCUACCUUGGGUUCGAACCCACCCCUGGGAAACCUUCUACAACCACCGCUCUUAAGAUAACCAAGCCUCGCAAAAGACGUCGCCGACCUGUUCGUACCGAGCGCAACGUCGUUCUUUGCUAUGUUCUCGGUGCCCCCUCGUCAGGUAAAUCUUCCAUUCUCGACGCUUUUCUCAAUCGUCCCUUCGAUCACCUCUAUCGCCCCACCAUCAAGCCCCGCGUUGCGGUCAAUAGCGUCGAGUUACCCGGUGGCAAGCAAUGUUAUCUAAUUCUCGAAGAACUCGGCGAACUCGAACCGGCCAUCCUCGAAAACCAAGCUAAACUUGACGCCUGCGAUCUCCUCUGCUAUGCCUACGAUUCAUCCGAUCCGGACUCUUUCUCCCACAUCAUCAAUCUCCAUAAAAAAUACCCCGCUCUCUCAUCCCUUCCCUCAAUCUGUACAGCCCUCAAAGCCGACCUCGAUAAAACAACUCAGAGAUGCGAAAAACAACCAGAUGAAUAUGCACACCUUAUGAAUAUGAACGCACCAGUACAUGUAAGUGUCACAUGGCAUAGUAUCAGUGAGCUCUUCGUCACAUUAGCAGAAGCGGCAACGGACCCAUCAAAAGCGUUUCCGAAAAGCGAAGAAGAGGCACCAGAUAGAACGGGGGUAUGGAUUGCUGUUGGCGCUACAGCUUGUGCGCUUGUGGCAGCGGGCAUGAUAUGGAGGAGGACGUGGUAUGUUGGAUAGAGGUGUGAGGAUUGGGAUGGUGGGACCUUAAAGGCUGAGAUGUGAAAAAAAGAACCUCUUCUCUCGAUCUUCCCCCUGGAACGAGAAUCUUUGAAGGUCAAAAAGAAUAGGUACGAUAUAUGGCAGGGAACACGUGUUAAAAUUAGUUAUAUGUAGCAAGCUCGCGAGAAUCAAUGAUACCCAAACCAGUCCA